CGUCUGGCCUUCUGACAUACAAACUGCUCGGCUUCGAACAUCGACUGCCCUUGUGUUAGGUCUGCUUCUGCUAUACCCAACGUCGCACAAAUCAGCUGUGGCCUCUGGUGGACUGCUCAACCUCCCCUUCCUCUUUGCUGUGCUGUGUAUGCGCCGCCUGAACACAGCCUGUUUCUUAUGUGCGAGGGCCAACACUGAGGUCCAUCUCGAUGGCCGCAAUAUCGAUCACAGACGAUACAGAUAAAUCAUUCGAAAGUAUUGAAGAAGACACAAUCACUGUCUGAGUUGGGUGCCUGAUCGUUUGGUAGCCCUUCGCGCACAAACAUGGACAUCAAUUCACUGCUGUCUCCGUCAGAAACACCGCGUUCAAAUUCGUUGACUCCAACAAGUGCGGAAUCGGUGAAAUCUCCCUUCAAGCAUGUCCAGCGGACGCAUACUGGCACAGGCAGUCAACUUGCCGCAAGUUCACCUUUGUCACGGUCGAUCCUUCCACCCUCCAGUAUUCCCGCGCAUGUGAGAAGUCCUUCGCAACAGCCAUCCCACUCAUCGCCUCUGAUCAGUCCUGUUCCAGCUGCCACACUCUCUGGGCAUUUCUCACGCUCCUCAUCGUCGCAAAACAUCGAGACUCUGGCCGAGCUGGGAUCUCACUCGCACCCGUCGAAAACAACUCCUCCAAUCCUGUCGAGUCACGAUUCCUCUGACUCCCAGAAAUCAUCCGCUGGCCUAUUUCCUCGUUUGACCUCUGCUGGGUCGACCUCCAACCCCCGCGCCUCGUUCGAUAUCGCCAUGGUCGAGACACCUCAACAAGUCCUGCGGGUCGACUAUUCCGAGACUUCUCUUUCACUAGAGUCACAAGAGAGACUGGCGGAAUUGGUCGCCUACAUUCAAGAAAUGCCAUCAAUGUAUGAGGCUCACAAGGAAAUCAUCAAAAUUCUACACCAAGGCUUUGUCGAUCACAUUUAUCCCUCGUCAAGUCCCAACGCUCGCAGAGAUCCUCGAACGUAUGAAUUGCUCUCCGAGUUGCGACAGGCUCGAGAAAACUUUGACAAGUUGUUCGCAGUUGGGGAAGAGCAAUGGCUGGACUGGCUUCAGGACGAAAGCAUCCUUGCUCAAACCGCCGAAGAGCGUGUGAAUGUCGUGGACAAAUGCCGCCGAGCAGUUGAGGAAGAGCAUGGCAGCGCCCGUUUAUGGAUCACCUAUGGUGAUUGGGUAUUACAUUGCUACAAAUGGGCGCUUGAUCCUCCUACCGAUAUCGAGGGAGAAAAUGGUGAGGCUGAACGACUCGUGGGUCGCGAGGUCUUCGACUGGAAGCUUGUCCUCGAUAUCUGGGACAAGGCGAUCCAUUCCACAAAACACGACAUGGCUCAGAGUCAUGAGGUCUGGGAUAAAUACAUGAUUGUGAGAUUCGGAGAUGUUGGUCAAAAGCUGUCGCCAGCUGAUACUGCAAGCGCUCUCGACUUAUUCCAGGCCCGACUUCGCGUUCCCCACGCCAUGUGGGAGCAAACCUUCCAGUCAUUCUCUUCCUUUAUCUCUGCCAAUCUCCCCGCAGAGUACGAGACCAUCAUGUCCGCGACACUAAGGGAAUCAUCCACGGCCAAGGAGAUAUUUGCGGAGCGAGAUACUUUUGAAAGUGCGCUUCGGCAAGCUCAGGACAAUGCCGAUCAGGCGCUAGAAUACUCGACUUUCGACCAAUACAUUGUCUUUGAGCGCACCGAGCAGGAGAAGGUCACGAAGAGACGUAACAUCAAGGGCAAACGUCACAUCAAAGUCGUAGAAAACACGGAGUUUGACAUGGUUGCAGCCCUCUACGCUAGAGCCGUGCUUCGUUUCCCAGCAGUUGUUACUAUUUGGGAAGCACAUUUUGACUAUCUAGUGGAGAGGUCAAGGUCUGAUCUACUCCCGCUACUUGGACGAGCUACGAAACAUUGCCCGUGGUCUGGAGCGCUUUGGAAGCAGUAUCUGCUGACAUCGGAAAUUGCAGAAGUGGACUUUGAUGAGACUGAAAAGAUCAAACACAAAGCCACAAGUACUGGGCUCCUAGACGCUGCAGGAGUUGAUCAAGCCCUAAUUAUCUAUGAUGCUUGGUGUGGCUAUCUUCUCCGACGCACGAAGCGACCGGAGGCGACGGAAGAGGAUGCAGAUGUCGCUGAAAUGGGUAUCAGGUCAUCUAUCGAGGCGGUGCAAAGCCUUGCAUCAAAACAAGGCUCCAGUCCCGAUUUUGAUUCUUCAUUCAGGUUACAGAGGAAAUAUGUCGAGUAUCUCAAGUCGCAAGGCCGUUUCGACAAUGCUCGAGCACAGUUCGAUGACGCCGUAGCAGAUUUCGGGAAGUGCUACAAAUUCUGGCUAACUUUCUACGAGUUUGAGUUGCAGAAAAGUGUGCAGAUGGCGUUCAUACAGCAUGGUGGUGGGGAGCGCCUUUCGACACUUUGGUCGGCUCCAUUCGCCGUCGGAGUUCUAAAACAAGGACUUCAGUACCCGGGGUUGGACGAACCCGAACACCUUGUAGAUGCACUCUUGGACCAUUGCGAGGAUUGUGAAGAUGCGGACGAGCUGCAACAUGCACUGGGUCUUGCACGUAAGGUACAGAAAGAUGUCGUCGAGAGGAAGCGCUUGGAGGCCUUACAAGCAGAAAACAUUGCACUCUCAUCACAAAAGGCUGAACAACAAGCAUCCAGCCGUACUGAGGACGUUGCGAAUGGUCUCCACAUUGGUAAACGGAAACGGGAAGAUGAUAUCCAAGAGACUGAUAACAAGAAACGAAAUACAACCGCGGAUGAGAUGCAGCAGUCUGUUGAAGACACUCUCGGGCAAGAUGAGCUGCUUAAACGUGAUCGCGAGCAUUCCAGUAUUUUGGUACGCAAUCUGCCGGGCAAUGUCCACGAAAACAAAAUCCGACAGUUCUUCGACAGCUGUGGCGUCGUCAAGCACGUGAAAUAUUUGGCAGAGGAGAACAGCGCUGUUGUAGAGUUCGAGGAUGCAGACGCCGCGGCGUUCGCUCUGUCCAGAGACGGUCGAGAAUUUGAGGGAGCCGAACUCUCGGUGGUGCUGAACACUGGAUCGACCCUAUACAUCACCAAUUAUCCCGCCACAGCUGAUGACGCCUUCAUCCGAAACCUAUUGCGACCGUACGGCGAGAUCAUCAGUGUGCGCUUUCCGUCCUUGCAGAAAAACAAGCGACGUAGAUUCUGUUAUGUCGAGUUCAAGCUUCCAAGUGAAGCACGUGCCGCAACCGAACUGGAUGGCAAGGAAGUUGAUGGCUUGCAGAUUGUAGUCAAGGUCUCAAACCCGGCAGCUCGACAUGCAAGAACUGAGACGAAUGACGACGGGAGGAAGAUAUUCGUCGGACAACUGCCGUUCAAAGCCAAAGCGGAUGAGGUCGAAAAAUUCUUCUCGCAAUUCGGAACGCUGGAAAACAUCCGAGUGCCUCAAGAUCUAAAUGCGCGAAAUCGAAUUCGUGGCAUCGCAUUUCUUACUUUUGCGACUGCAGACCAAGCGCGAGCUGCACUUGCUAUGCACGAGCAUGAAUUCAUGGGGAGAAAGAUCACCGUUUCACAGGUCGAAGAGAAAGGCCGUACUACCAAACAAGGUUCACGCUUUUCAAAGUCGCCGUCGGUACAGAUCAACGGUGAAGACGGAGCCAACGCCUCCGCCAAAAAGAAAAGUUCUCCCAUUGAAGAUCGAAAACAGCGGACGGUUGCUAUUGCCGAUGUGCCUGACACUGUAAAUGAGAGUCGAAUAAAAGCCAUGGCUGAAAAAUGUGGUCCAGUGCGCAAGGUUGUUCUCAAGACGAACCACCAGGGUGCUCUGAUCGAAUUUGAGGGGAUAGCCGACGCAGGCCGGGCAAUGAUGGAGCUAGACGGGCAUGAGAUUGAUCCUGGCCGACGAAUCCGGGUCACAACCGAGGGUGAAAUGCUCCGACAGAAAGCUGAGCACAAGGAGGAACAGUUCGCGAAGCGACCUGCCGCAGGUCGGUCUACAAACCCUUCAGUGCAAGGCCCUGUCCGGCGUCCGCAGCAGCCUGGUGGCCGAAAAGGUGGACAUCUAGGCCAGAGAUCUGCCUUUCUGGCCCAGAUUGACCAGAAGAGCCGAAUGGCGACAGACACAGCGCUACAGAAUGGAAAGAGGACGAACGACGAUUUCCGGAACAUGCUGAAAAAGGAAUGAGGGAUCCCGGUGGUCGUGGCUCUUCUAUGUAUAUGUUUGAUUCUUGGUGGUUUGAUCAAAACAAUUGACACUCCGAGUCUGUAUUAUGGUAAUGUUCAAAACGCCAUCUCGACGUGUGUAAGAUUAGAUCAAAAUAUAAUACUCGUACGAUUCUCAUCAAACAG